AUGGACUUUCUUACAGAUGGACGUUUUGUUCUGAAUUCCUCAGAGGGAGAUCUAAUUUCACCUCUCGGUGUGAAAGCAGAAGAUGAUGACAUCACACAACAUUCUCCAGGAGUGAAUCCCAAGACUCAUAAUAGACAUCACAGACCUUCCCAUUCAGAGACAUCAAUGGAUCCGUCUAAUCCUGAGGAAUCUUCCGACCAAUCACAGACUGUUACUCCAGAUAUCCGUCUGAGAUCUCACAGUGCGAAUACAUCAACUGAUCCAUCCAAUCCGAAGGCAUCUUCUUCAUCUGUUGGAGGUCACACAGUAGAGAGUUCAUUGCCAUCUUUAAAUGGUAAGAAAUCUCCCUCUAAAACCAGAGCACCACCUGAACAGCAGAGAAGUUCCACGGGUGGACAUCCUUUUUCAUGCUCAGAUUGCGGGAAAGGUUUCACUGCCAAAGGAAGCCUUCUUAGACACCGGAGAAUACACACAGGUGAGCGUCCAUAUUCAUGUUCGGAAUGCGGGAAAUGUUUCAUUCAGAGAGGAGCACUUAUUAUACACCAGAAAAUUCAUACAGGGGAGCUUACUUUUUCAUGUUCAGUGUGUGGGAAAAGUUUUGCUGACAAAGGAAGUCAUCUUCUACACCAGAAAAGUCACACAAGGGACCGUCCCUAUUUAUGCUUAGAAUGUGGGAAAUGUUUCGCUCAGAAAGAUGAUCUUCUUAUACACCAGAGAUGUCACACAGGUGAGCGUCCCUAUACAUGUUCAGAAUGCGGGAAAUGUUUCACACAGAAAUAUUUACUUAGCAAACACCAGGGAAUUCACACGGGUGAGCGCCCUUUCUCAUGUACAGACUGUGGGAAAUGUUUCAUCCACAAUAGAGACCUUAUUAGACACCAAAAAUUUCACACAGGUGAGCGUCCUUAUCCAUGUUCAGAGUGCGGGAAAGCCUUCAUUGAGAAAGGAGCCCUUGUUAGUCACCAGAGAAUUCACACUGGUGAGCGUCCUUAUCCAUGUUCAGAGUGCGGGAAAGCCUUCAUUGAGAAAGGAGCCCUUGUUAGUCACCAGAGAAUUCACACUGGUGAGCGUCCUUAUCCAUGUUCAGAGUGCGGGAAAACUUUCACUGAGAAAGGAGACCUUGUUAAGCACCAGAGAAUUCACACAGGUGAGCGUCCUUAUUCAUGUUCAGAGUGCGGGAAAUGUUUCACUGAGAAAGGACACCUUGUUAAACACCAGAGAAUUCACACAGGUAAACGUCCUUAUUCAUGUUCAGAGUGCGGGAAAUCCUUCAUUGAGAAAGGAACCCUUAUUGACCACCAGAGAAUUCACACUGUGUGGGAUAUGUUUCAUUUAAAUACAAAAGCCUUCCUAAACACCACAAAAUUCACACAGAGCUGGCCCGGGGUUCUUAGCUCUGGUCACUGGGAGAAAUUGGACACCAUCCCCGGGAAUUCACAAAGACCAUCUUCUGAAGAGUGUCUCCACCACCCCGUAGGACAAAUAUUGGUCUUCUCUGGAGGAGGACAUGGAGAAGAAGACGACUAA